CAAGAGAGAGAGAGAGCAAGAGAGAGAGAGAGAGAGAGCAAAGAGAGAGAGACAGAGAGAGAAAGUUAUUGAGGAGGGAAUGGAAGGCGUGAUGGAAUAGGACGUUGCGUUUAUCGCCCAGAAGACAGACUCUAGUAGACAUGAGGACACACACCAAUAGUGGAGAGUCCAACGUGCAUGAGUGUGAAGGUGUGAUCAACAUUCUGUCCACAAACAUGGCUAUGGACGCCAAUUUAAGCCUCACAUUUCUGCAGCUUCUGAUGAUCUUUGCGUGUGUUUAGACCCCCUGAGCGGCAAUUGAAUUGACAAUAAAACUAAAUGCACCCUGGUGUGACUGCCGACAUGGGAUCUGCAGACUAAACAUCGCAGAUUCCCUGACUGAGGCAUCGCAAGGGAGAAUAAGCAAAGCUUCUGAGAGAUGUCAUCAACAUGCACUGAUCCAUACAAAAGACUUUUAACGCUUUAGAGACUGAGUCCGAGCUCUGUAGCUAGACUGAAACAGAAAGAAGAAAAUCAUGAUGGAGAAGAUGGAGCCCACUGUAUCUCCGUCCCCUGUUCUGUCAAUGACUGACCCUUUAACUCCUCCACACACUCAUUCUCCAUGCACCAGCAGCCCUGCAGCGAAUGAGGCUAAUGGUACAGAGAGUGGCAUGAGCUCAAACCCCAGCAGUCCGGCUACAUCGCAAAUUACUGAGACAGCUAAUGUAGAGGAGAAAGCUGAGCCUGCUAGCUCACCCCCAAACACAAGCAUCCCUUCCAUUUCUACUUCCACAUCCAGUUCCACUUCCACCGUCGUCCUCUCUUCUCCUCCUUCAUCAUCCCCUGCUCCACUGCCCCCUAACAUCCCAGUCAUCAGUCUGGCUCACAGUAAACCUCCUCUGCCGCCGAUCCCUAUGCCUGCUACACAGCUGACCGCCCUCCACCCCAUACCCACAGUGCCACACGGACCUGGAGAACUACGACUGGCACAGCUAGCUGCCCUCUCAGGGUGUCCAACAGCCUCGGUGCCUCCACCUAGAGCUCUACUGCCUCAUCAAUACCUACCUGGACACCCCUUACUCAACAGCUCUUUCCUUAGUCCAUCCGGUAGUUAUGGUUUCUUCAGCAACAACCGUGUUAAAAGAAGACCAUCGAGCCACUUUGAAUUGGAUUUAACUGAUUGUCCUCCUCAGAAGCUGGCCAGGCGUGUUUUCACCAACAGCCGUGAGCGUUGGCGUCAGCAGAACGUGAACGGUGCUUUCUCAGAGCUCCGGAAGCUCAUCCCUACACAUCCACCAGACAAGAAGCUAAGCAAGAACGAGAUCCUGCGGCUCGCUAUGAAGUACAUCAACUUUCUGGUGAAGCUAUUGAAUGACCAGUCUAACGACAGCGGCACAUGCAGCCUAACGGACAGCACAGAGGAGGACAAGAGCAAGACGAAAGGUGCAAAUGAAAUGAUGGGCAAUGGCCACAAAGACUGCAGCCACGUCCUGCACUCAGCGUGUCCCUCAGACAGCACUUCACCGUCUCAGAUCACUCCUCCACUUCCUGCUGUUCGCCUGACCUUAGUCACUUCCCACCGUAACAGAGACUCCACUGAUUCAGUCAUUGCUUUGACAGCAUCGCCUGGAUCCAGUUGCUAUGGCGACACGGACAGUGAGGAAAAUUUAGGCUCACAGAAUUCAGGGAUUGUUAAGACGAGCGUUAGUGAAGGGAUGAUGGAAAAAAUGAAGGAACAGAUAAAGACUGUUAUGGCUGCCGGAUACCACCGAUGACAUCACCUGUGACAUCAUGUUCAAACGCUGGAGCACAAACUGACAAAAAGAGGAACGGACUAGUCAAAUAUAUAUGCGCUUUUGUGUGUGCUUGUCUGUGUUGCUUGUUUGUGGAAUAAUCUAUUAUUAUUAUUAUUAUUGUUAUUAUUAUAAUAAUAAUAACAAUAAUACAAAUAAUAAUAACAAUAAUAAUAAUAAUAAUAAUAAUAAUAACAAUAACAAUAAUAAUCUAUUAUUAUUAUUAUUGUUAUUAUUAUUAUUAUGUUUAAAUUUAGUUAUUGGUUAAUUCCCACCAUAACAGUUUAAAUUGAGACAUUUUAAUAUUUUAGAUGUUUUAUUGUGUGCAGAUUAAUUAUUAGCAUCUGAGGUAAAAAUGUUUGGUUCACACACACUGACUGUCGUAUUGUUGUGGCACUUUGAAGUAUGAAGUCAAGAAAAAAUAAACAAGCUGUGUAUUCGGAGACCUUUGUGCUAUUGUGUAUCACAGACAGCAGGAACGAAUAGAAAUGGUGUUUCUAAGUAGCAGAAGAUAAACAUGAAGAAUAAUCAGGCUUGUGGAAAGAUCUACAAAAGUUCUACAUCAAACCUUUAUAGCAAAGGGGUGUAACUCUAGUGCACUUACCACCUCCGAGGCACCAGAUUGGUAAAAUUGACCUUUACUUGUGGAUGUCUGUGAGCUCAUGGAUGUGGAAUUGGUUUAUUAGCAGUUUUAUCUGAAUGUGUUACGUUGCCCUGUGACCAUUAUGUCAAGUCACCCUUGUCAGAAUCUCAAAUACUCUUGAAUUUCCGUCUCUGGAGCCACAGCAAAGACAAACAACUUCAUUGUUACCAAAGUUAAGUGAAUCUUUAUUGCUGAUAAUAACAUUAAAAGUUAGGUCAGUUAGUGAGGUUAGUGAGGACUGGUCGGAGGAUCGUUGUGGCUAAGGCUAGCGCUUUUUCUGUAAAAAUUAAAAUGGAAAAAAUAAAAAAAGUGAAAAACCUAGUCUGGCAUACUCUUCUCUACUCUUCUGGCAAAAGUUAAAUGUAAGUUUAAUCAUGUCAGAAGUAUGGUUAUUGCACUAUUGCAAUAUUGCAUGUUUAUAUUCCCAGGAACAUUUUGAAAAAGACUAGAUAGCACCAUCGAUCAAUCUUUCACUGUUAGCAAAAUUAGCAUCUAGAGUUGGGAAUUUUAAACCAGUGAAAAACUACUGGAACAUAAGAUGUAUGAAAUUCCUGGUAUCAUCACUGCUAAUUUUUCUGCUAUUUCAUGGUAUUUGCUUAGAGUUUCACCUUUUCAAAGAAUGACUUACAGAUGGAAAUAUUCAGCUUUAUUUAACAAGUAUAAAGGAUUGCUGUUAAGCUUCAGAUGUUUAUCCCAAUAAUGUAGAAGUGCUAUUUUUUGUGAAUAAUAGAUUUCUAUUUCUUUAGUAAAUCCUGUGUUUGGAUAACAUUUCAGGAGUAAACAAAAUAUUGAUUACAUAUAUUAAUGUCUACAAUUUGUCCAAAUUUGUAAAAUAGAAUAUUGCAUUGUUUACUGUGUGCAUGUGUAUGCUUUUAUAUGUGACGUGUCACAGAGUUAACAUGCUCUACAUUCGUCUAAAUCAGCUUCUUGCUUUUCUGGACUUUGUACUGAAGGAUUGAACUAGCUAAUAUCUACCACAAAAUAAUGCUACUAGACGAUUAAGAUGACAUUUUCAUUAAAUAAAAAUGGUGCAUGAGUUUUAA